CAACUUACUACUUGUUAACACGGAUCCACUAUGCCACCAAAGGCUCCACCCAAUGCCAAAAAGGCCAGAUUGUACAAUAGUCGGAAUAUCCGAACCCAUUUGUCGGAUUCCAGUUUUGUAGAUAAAGAAAAGCUUAAUGUUCCAGACUUUUUAGGAUCUCGAGAGUUUGAAAUCAAGUCAUUUGAAUUAUCACAAUUGAAUUCGAAAUAUGCCUCAUCUAAUCGAGUUUUCCAGAGUUUACCAAGAUCAUUAAGACGUCGUGCCGCAUCUCAUAAUGUCAAACGUAUACCAAAAAGAUUAAGAGCUAAAGCUCUUCGAGAAAUGAAAAAUUCUAUUACUGGAACUCCUCCUAAGAAGAAACAUUCACGAGGUAGAGCAUUGUAUAAACUUAAUAUGUCUAAGAAAUUAUUAAAAUUAGGGAAUAAUCUUAAACUAUUAGGUACUUUGCCUGAUCGUGAACUUCUUGGAAAGAAACUUAAUAUAAGAACUAAAAUAAAAUCUUUGAAUAAACAAAUUAGAGAACUUAAAUCAUCUACUAAUAGUCCAUUGGCUAUUAACAAUAAAGUAGGAGCAUAUGAUAAUACAGGAUAUGGUGGAUAUGCCUCUAGACCCAUGGGAAAUAUUAAAUAUCAUAAGAGACAACGUCAAUUUGUAUGGCUUCCUACUCAUAUUUGGCAUGCCAAACGAUUUCAUAUGAUUAAGCAAUAUGGUUACCAAAUACCUCUUUCACCUACUCAAAAAUGUUUCCGAUUAAUGAGUAGACAAAGCAAAAAUGAUUCCAUUGCUUUUGAUACUUCAUAUUAUUCCAGUUUAAUCAUUAAUAUCGAAGAUGAUGAUGUUUUUAAGGAAUUAUUAAUAUUUAUCACCAAAUUUCAUGUGGCUAUUCCCGAUAAAAUAUUAAAAGGUGAAAGAGCUUACAAUGAUUGGCUUUAUAUUGAAGGACAACAAAUAGGAAAAGGAUUUAUAUUUGCUCAUAUUGCUUCUCAUACUAUUAUAAUUAGAACUUUCCCAUCAAUUUAUAAGGAUAUAUUUAAUCAUUGUGAAAACUUUUUAAUGUGUUCGAGUGGUCUAAACUCCAUCUAUGAUUGUCAAUACUCAUUGGGAAGUAUUGAUUUGGUUGGACCAUUAUCACUUCUCUCUCUCAGUAAGAUAUUGCACAUAUAUGAUGAAGAUAAAUCUUCCAAUAUCAAGAAAUUAUGGUCAGUUUUAACAUCAGUCAAAGAUACUAAAGCUAUUCCUAUUGGGUUUAAUUUUUCUUUUGAUAUAAUGGAUCCAAGAUUUUGGAAUAAAUCAAGUAGAACCAAACAUAAUAAUGAUAGUGAUUUAGAUGCUUAUUAUGAUGCAAUUGCAUCUAUGAACUCAACUACAUUCUUAGAUCCAACUUCUGUUAAAAAUCUUUCAACUCGUGAAGGUAGAACUAAGUCAUAUGAAAACCAAAUGUCAAUUAAAGAUAUUGGAAAGGAAUUUGGUAAGAUUUCCACUAGAAGUAGAAGUUUAAGUCCUGAAAUACUAAAACAUUCCCGAAUUCCUAUUCUAUUAUCAAAAACAGGAGAUCAAUCAUGGACAUUAAUAGUACCUUGGUUUUGGGUAUUACCUAUAUGGCAAAAACUAGUCAAGAUCAAGCAUGUUAUACCAGGAGGUAUAAAACAAAUGAGACAAGUGAAUUAUGAAAAUGGUAAACCCAAUUUCCCCAAUGAUUACCCUUGGUUGAGAGAUGGUUGGGAAAAUAAUCUCUCUUUGGAUUCACUUAACCGUGAGAAGUAUUAUAAACUUCCGAAACAUCUUUUGAACUCUAGUCGUCCUGAUUUUACUGAUUUAGAAUUAAUAAGUCCAUUCCAUUGUGAUUGGAAUUUCCUUAGAACUAUCACAUUAUUACAAAAGUUCUCUGGAAUGAGUAUUGAAGAGCUUGAAAAGGAUAAUACUUAUGCUGACUAUGGAGAGGAUCUUUUUAUUAGACAAAUCAAUUCUGGUCAUGAUUUAUUACAAUUAUCAAAGGAUGUACGAGAAUUACAUUAUUAUAGAUUACCUACAGAUAUAUCAAUAAGUUUGUUUGAUGAAGAACUUGAAUUUCAUCAGAAAUUUAUUACAGGAAACUAUACUAUUAAUCAAGCCCGGUAUGUUAAUAUUGUCAGUCUUCCAGUGAUUCAAAUUUCUGUUAAAUUAGUAGGGAAGGGUAGAUUAAGAGAUGGUGCAAGAAUAUAUCUUCAAGAAACUGAUCCUUAUAACUAUGCAGCCAUUGUAGGAUUCAUAACUAGUGGAGGUUAUAAUAUUCAAUUAGGGAUUGCAUCAGGUAUUGGUUUAGUUAAAGCUGAUAUCUCAAUCAAAGGAUCUACAACGUUAUAUAUUAGAAAUAUUGGUCAAACAUCAUACUAUGCUGCUGAAGCUAUUAUAAUCAAGACAUAGAUUAUGUAUUUAGUAAUUCUAUAGAUUAUAGUAAUUAACAAACUUUUGCAGCUAAAUCAAUGGCGGGUAAUGGAGUGCGGGUUCGUGAUUUACCCGGCGCUAAUCGAAAAGGUAUAAAAAAAUCUUGAUCCCAGCCAGAAAUUUUUAAAUUUCUUUAACUUCUUUUAAUCUUCAUACUUACCUAGAGAUGUUGUAGGAGAUCAAGAAGUCCUAUGAUCGUGAUAUAUUAGAGGCAUUGCACAGGGCCAUGAUAUGUUGCGCCAACUUUUCUAAUGUCUACUAUUUUCCCUUUGGGAUUUUAGUGAUUGAGGAGUGUGGAUCUUUCAAUUUUUGAUUUCUUAACUAUCAAUAGUGAAUAUGAAGAUUUCAAUUCAUUAUAUAAAUAUUUUUUUAAGUUUGAUUCCAAGUCUGGCGAUUUGGCUAAUUUAAAAAUG